GUUGCCAUUUAAAGCAGCAGUAGCGAAGCGCGAACUCCGGGGCUGAAGAUCCGUUAUCCGGAUAGAGGAGAGACGGUCACCCGCACACAGCCCACCGAGCUGCCCUGUAUCCAGCAGCAUGAUGGCGGAUGACUUGGACAUCGAGGCGAUGCUGGAGGCUCCAUACAGAAAGGAUGACAGCAAGAACCAGAGCCCUGAUGGACCGGAGGAGCACAGCAAGAGGAAGAAACGUAGCCAGAGUCGCAGCAAAGACAGGAAGCGCAGCCGCAGUCGGGAAAAGAAAAGGAGCCGGAGUCGAGAUCGCAAACGCAGCCGUAGCCGAGACAGACGCAGGAGUCGCAGCCGGGAGCGCAGACGCAGUCGCAGCCGAGAGCGGGGUGGGCGCUACAAAGACCACCACAAGCACCGCAGACGAUCGAGGAGUAAGAGUCCAAUCAGGAAGGAGAAGACACCACCCAGGCUGCCUUUAGACAAUCUGACCCCAGAGGAGCGGGAUGCUCGCACCGUUUUCUGCAUGCAGCUUGCAGCCAGGAUACGCCCACGGGACCUGGAAGAGUUCUUCUCUGCUGUUGGAAAGGUGCGGGACGUAAGGAUGAUCUCUGACAGGAACUCUCGCAGGUCAAAGGGCAUCGCCUACAUCGAGUUUGUGGAGGCCAGUUCAGUGCCUCUGGCCAUUGGCCUGACGGGGCAAAGGCUGCUGGGUGUUCCCAUCAUCGUACAGGCCUCCCAGGCAGAGAAAAACCGAGCUGCUGCUGCUGCAGCUGCAGCCAACAACCUUCAGAAGGCGACGUUUGGACCCAUGAGGCUCUACGUCGGCUCUCUGCACUUUAACAUCACUGAGGAGAUGUUGCGAGGGAUCUUUGAACCAUUUGGGCGGAUCGAACACAUCCAGCUGAUAAUGGACAGUGAAACGGGGAGAUCUAAAGGCUACGGCUUCAUAACAUUUGCAGACGCAGAGUGUGCUAAGAAAGCUCUGGAGCAGCUGAACGGCUUUGAGCUGGCAGGACGGCCCAUGAAGUUGGGUCACGUGAGCGAGCGGACCGACAUAUCCACGGCUUCAUCAUUCCUGGACAACGAUGAGCUGGACCGGUCAGGAGUGGAGCUGGGCACAACGGGGAGACUGCAGCUAAUGGCCCGGCUGGCUGAAGGUACAGGAAUGCAGAUCCCUCCUGCUGCUCAGCAGGCUCUACAGAUGAGCGGAGCGAUUGCUAUUGGAGCUCUGGCUGCUGUGUCAGCUGCCAUGAAUCCAACCCUCAACAUGAACAUGAACACUCCAGCCCUGAAUCUUCCAUCUCAACCACUCGCUACUCACUGCUUCCAGCUGUCCAACAUGUUCAACCCCAACAGUGAGAACGCUCCAGGCUGGGAGCUCGACAUCCAGCAUGACGUCAUCGAAGAGUGCAACAAACACGGAGGGGUUGUCCACAUCUACGUCGACAAGAACUCAUCUGAGGGAAACGUUUAUGUGAAGUGUCCCUCCAUCCCGUCUGCCAUGGCUGCUGUUAACGCCCUGCAUGGGAGGUACUUUGGAGGUAAAAUAAUCACGGCGGCAUAUGUACCCCUGCCCACUUACCACAACCUGUUCCCAGAGUCGGUCACUGCCACCCAGCUGCUGGUUCCACCUCCGAGACGGUGAUCAACAGUACUGCCUUCUAAUGGGCCCUGGACCAUAGAUGCUCUUUUUUAAUUCUUUGCUCCUUUUGGACCAUUUUCAUCAUUCGACUGCCUGUAGAGGGCACUAAUUAUAUAUUUGUUUUAUUCUGGACAUAAACAACUGACUCUCCUCCUAUUGGCCGCUUCCAAACACUUUUCACAUGAUCAAAGCAUCUACUUCCUGAUCCCUUAGUUUCAUUGAUGUGGCCCCGUCCCUCAGUGUGUCCUCCAGGUAUUGGCUCUGUGAGCUGGGCGAGGGCGUGGCAACAGCAAGCUGUCGACUGAUCGGUUCCUCUGAAACAGUUUAGUAUUUAAGUGUUUUUUCUAAUGUUAAUUUGAUUUUGUAAAAUGAUUGAUUAAAAAUUAUUUUCAUGUCACUCUGAAAUGUAACAGCAUGAUUUCUGUCUCCUGAUUGGCUGGAAGGUAGGUACUUGGGAUGUGUUUUUUUUUUUUU